GUCCUUCCUUCCUUCCUUCCUUCCUUCCUUCCUUCCUCCUCCGUCCUUCUUUCUUUCUUCCUCCCAUAAUUCCUUCCCUUGAUCUGUCGGCCAUCUUCCUUUUUUGUGCUUUUUAUUCCUACCUGAAUUCCUUGCAUCCUUCUUCUACUUCCUUUUUGACUCCCCCAUCCUUACUUUUUUUUUCUUCUGUCACUUCCCUCCUUUCCUUCCUCCCUUCUUUAAGUCCUUCACCAAAUUUUCUGAAUCGUUGCUUUUUUCUUCCUUGAUUCCUUUCUUACUUAAUAUAUUUCCGCCAUCCAUCCUUCCAUCCUUCCUUCCUUCCUUCCUUCCUUCUCCAUUAUCUCCCUGAUUUCGAACUUCCCUCCAUCCUUUACCCCCUCCUCCUCUCCUUUUAAAUUGCUCGUCUCCUUUCUUCACCUUUUUUCUCUCCUUCCCUGAAUCAUCGUUUUCCUCCUUGCAUCUCCAUUCGUUUCCUUAUCCCUCCAUUUAUCCUCUCCUCCCUCCCUUUCACGCCUCUUUCCUUCAUCCCUGCAUCCAGCUGCAUAGAAUCACAACCCCCCCUCCCCCCCUCAUCCUCCCAUCUGCGCAGACUCUGCCUCCCCCCUCCCCUCGCCUCUUCUGCCUCAUUUUAUGGAGGAGCUUCACAUCUGCAGCGCUCGCUCCCUUCCUCCUCCUCUCUCUCUCUCUCUCUCGUUAGCCGAGCUCCGGGAAACGUCUCCAUGAUGGUUUCUGUUUGAGGAGGUCGUCCGUCUCUCGCUCGCUCGUAGAAGAGGAAGAGGAGGAGGAGGAAGGUGGUGAAGAAGAAGGAGGAGGUGUAGUUUGUGGUGGCUGCAUCUGCAUGGCGCCGGGGGGGGGAGGCGACGCGACGCUCGGCUCGGCUUCACCAUGAUCGCCGUGUCGUUUAAAUGUCGCUGCCAGAUCCUGCGCAGGGUGAACAAAGAUGAAGGGCCGUACACCAAACACUCAGCCGGGUCCCGACCUCCAGAUGGAGCGCUGGCCAUCAGGAGGCAGAGCAUCCCCGACGAGUUUCGGGGAUGCUCGGUGGUGGAGCUGAUGAAGAAGGAGGGGACGACGCUCGGGCUGACGGUGUCGGGAGGCAUUGAUAAAGACGGGAAACCCCGAGUCUCCAACCUGCGGCAGGGAGGCAUCGCAGCCAGGAGCGACCAGCUAAACGUGGGCGACUAUAUCCGCGCCGUCAACGGCAUCAACCUCUCCAAAUUCAGACACGAUGAGAUCAUCAGUCUGCUGAAGAACGUCGGCGAGCGAGUCGUGCUGGAGGUCGAGUACGAACUACCACCCGUCUCGGUUCAGGGGUCAGGGGUCAUGUUUAAGAACGUCGAGGUCACGCUUCACAAAGAGGGAAACAGCUUCGGCUUCGUCAUCAGAGGUGGCGCCCAUGAAGACAGGAACAAGACUCGCCCCAUCGUCAUAACGACCAUCAGGCCCGGCGGUCCGGCUGACAGGGAAGGAACGGUCAAACCAGGCGACCGCCUGCUGAGCAUCGACGGGAUCCGUCUCCACGGCAGCACGCUCUCCGAGGCCAUGAGCAUCCUGAAGCAGUGCGGCCAGGAGGCCACGCUGCUGAUCGAGUACGACGUCUCCGUGAUGGACUCUGUUGCGACGGCGUCGGGACCCCUGCUUGUGGAGGUUGCCAAGGCGACAGGCUCCAGUCUGGGCGUGGCUUUGUCCACCUCCAUGUUCUGCAGCAAGCAGGUGAUCAUCAUCGACAAGGUCAAACCAGCCAGCAUAGCAGACAGGUGUGGUGCUCUCCAUGCAGGUGAUCACAUCCUGUCGGUGGAUGGGAAGUCGAUGGAGUUUUGUUCUCUGGCUGAAGCCACUCAGCUGCUCUCUGCUUCCUGUCAGACCGUCCGCAUGGAGAUACUUCCACAACAUCAGGCCCGACCGGCCCUGAACGCACCACAACAUGUCAAGGUGCAGCGUAGUCCCCGCCCCCUUCCCUGGGAAACCGGAGGCUCCGCCCCUGUCCUCCCCCCUUACCACUACAACACCUACCACCCCGACCAAUCAGGUGCCAGAUCGCACAACCGGCAUACGAACAACCCUCCUCUCAGUCACUCGUUCUCUCCGGGCUCCAUGUCGGCCUACAGUCUCUCGUCCCUCAACAUGAGCACCUUGCCCAGGAACAUGUAUCCCACGAGUCCGCGGGGCACGCUGAUGAGGAGGAAGGGCAAGAAGAAGGACUUCAAGAGCUCCUUGUCUCUGGCGUCCAGCACCGUCGGCCUCGCCGGUCAGGUCGUCCACACGGAAACCACGGAGGUCACGUUGCUAGGCGACGGCAUCAUGGGGUUCGGCCUGCAGCUGCAGGGUGGAGUGUUCGCCACGGAAACGCUCUCCUCACCGCCGCUCAUCGCUUACAUCGACCCCGACAGCCCGGCUGAGAGGUGUGGCAUCCUGCAGAUCGGGGACAGGAUUUUGUCCAUAAAUGGCGUUCCCACCGAAGACUCGACUCUGGAAGAAACCAAUCAGCUGCUCAGAGACUCGUCCAUCACCGCUCAGCUCACACUGGAGAUCGAGUUCGACGUGGCCGAGUCCGUCAUCCCGAGUUCAGGAACGUUUCACGUGAAGCUCCCAAAGAAGCCAGGAGUGGAGCUGGGGAUCACCAUCAGCUCUCCGUCCAAUAGGAAACCAGGAGAUCCUCUGAUCAUCUCUGACAUCAAGAAAGGCAGCGUCGCUCACAGGACGGGGACGUUGGAGCUCGGGGACAAGCUGCUUGCCAUCGAUAACAUCCGGGUGGAGAACUGCUCGAUGGAGGAGGCGGUUCAAAUCCUGCAGCAGUGUGAGGAGCUCGUCAAACUGAAGAUCCGCAAAGACGAAGACAACUCAGAUGAACAGGAAGUCUCGGGCAGCAUCAUCUACACGGUGGAGCUGCAGCGCUACGGAGGCCCGCUGGGAAUCACCAUCUCAGGAACAGAGGAACCGUUUGACCCCAUCAUCAUCUCCUCACUGACCAAGGGGGGGCUGGCUGAGAGGACCGGAGCGAUCCACGUGGGCGAUCGUAUUCUGGCGAUCAACAGCAGCAGCCUGAAGGGGAAACCUCUGAGUGAAGCCAUCAGUCUGCUGCAACAAGCCGGAGAGACGGUCACACUGAAGAUCAAGAAGCAGGGAGAACUGACCAGUCCAAAGUCCUGUGUGAUUGGUCCAGGGCUGGUGCCGGGGGCGGGGCUUGUUCAGGAGCACCAGGAUGGGGAGGAGGAGCCGGUUGUCAUGGUAGCGCCACUGUCCAGUCAGAGAGUGUUCAGCGCUCUGCCAUCUGUGGACAGCGCCGUGGAGUCGUGGGACGGAUCCAACAUGGACAGCAGCUUCACCACGUCGGCUCCACCGUUUCAGUCGUCUCCGUACAGUUUCCACGAGUGGCGUAACGCCAAGACGACCAACAGCCAAUCAUCGGCCUCCACUCGCCAGAGAGCCAAUCCGCUGUCAGAUCUGGGUCUGAGUGACGACGACUGGGACCGCCCACCGCUCGGAGGAGCCUGUAAUCUGCCCAGCGGUCUAAUCACUGACAGCAGGUUCACAGUGGGGCAUGAUGGGACAGAACCGGACCAGGAGGAGAACUUCUGGUCUCAGGCUCUGGAGGAUCUGGAGACGUGCGGACAGAGCGGCAUCCUGCGAGAGCUGGAGGAGUCUGGACAGGAAACACACCUCCUCGCUCUGGCAACCAUCAUGUCAGGAUCCACUCUCAGUCUGAACCAUGACCCCACUCCACUGCGCAGCACUCUGGGACGUCAGGCGAGCUUCCAGGAGCGCAGCAACUCCAGACCCCAGGUAUCAGCUCGAUCAAACACCUUGCCCUCCGACCCGCAGCGCCGAGCCUUUGCCAUGAGGAAGAUGAGGCAGGAAGUCAAUGAGAUCCUAAACCAGAACCCUGUGGAACUCCAUAAGUUGACUCUAGAGAAGGCUUCAGAUCUGGAGGACUUUGGUUUCAGUGUGUCUGAUGGUUUAUUGGACCGUGGUGUUUACGUGAGCAACAUUCGACCGGGGGGCCCGGCAGAGAAGGGCGGCCUCAAAGCCUAUGACAGAAUACUACAGAUAAACCACGUGCGGACCAGAGACUUUGACUGCUGCCUCGUCGUUCCACUGAUUGCAGAGUCUCCAAACCAUUUGGAGCUCGUCAUCAGCCGAAACCCGACCUCCUCCACAACCUCCCUACUGGCCAAUCACACAGACGGUACUAACAACAGCACCCACUCCCCUCAGCCAAUCAGCAGUGAUCUAGGACCUACAGACCAUGGAGAGGAUGGUGGUCCAAUCAAGUGGAGUCAACCGGGAGAUCGGUUGGGGGUGGCGUUUGCGGUUAGUCAGGUGAAUAAUAAGUCUUUAUAGCAGACAAACACUGGAGGAAACUGGAAUAAACCGGUUCUGACCAGAUUGGACUGGAGAGGUCAACAAGGAGAACAAUACAACAACAAUAAACUGGACCCAUCCAAACUGGUUCAGAGUGGAUCCCCCAUGGUGCUACACACCCUCUGGAUGAACUUGGACCCUUGACCACUAAAGUUUGACCUUUGAACUGCUAAAGCAGCCUGAAAGCACAUUAGACUGGAGCAACUCCUCACCUUCACCUGAGCCAGUUCUGCACACUGGAAGUACUGGUAUCACUGGACCCAGAUCUAUGACUACUGAUCCUUCUUGAACCACUGGAGCUACUGGACUUACUGGUUCUAUCAACCAAGAGCCAUUUCUACUGAUUCCUACUGAAGACAGAGCCAAUGGUGUGACUGGUGUAUGAUUAAUGGUUACUGGUUCUGCAAGCUUGGAACUAGGGCUACUGCAACAGCCACUGGUUCAAGACUUGUAUGAACUGGUCUUAGUGGUUUGAAAAUCAUGGCUUCUUAUUCCGCUGAAGCCAGAGCAAGAGCCAGUGGUCACACUGGUCCAAGACACAUGGGCUCUAGUCUUACUGGUUACAAAGCCAUGGCCUUAAGCAAGCCGAAACUAAUGGUCUUUCUGGUCCAAGAUACAUGGGUUCCGGUCUUAGUGGUGGCAGACCCAUGGGUACUGGUCCAACUGAAGCCAGAGCCACAGUCAGUGGUCUUAAUGGUUGAAGACAUGGCUCUUGUUCAUGGCCUUAGUGGUGAUCAAAUCACUGUUACUAACGCAUAGCCACAACCACUGGUUCUAAAAGCCCAGAUAUGUGUCCUACUGGUCUUACUGGAGCCAGAACUUUGGUGUUUGGUUGUACAAGCCAAGAACCACAGCAGCACAAAGACUGAUAGGACUUCAGAAUCCAGAACCUAUUGAUGGAGAGACGGGUUGCCAAGGACAUUAGUGAUGCUCUGAUCAGGGUAUCAUCGGGAUCGACCAAAUCGAUUCCAAAUUUCUGUUGUUUUAAAGAAAGCCUCCUUUUUAACCCAACCACUGUGAUCAAAGUCAAAGUCUUAAUCUUGAUAAUCGUCAGGUUGGAAUCGCUUUUAUGAAAUAUUUUUAUAUUAUGCUGCUACUCACUCCAGACGUUAGAAAAGAUAACUUUUACAUCCUGCUCAUUUGGGUCUAAGACCACAAAGUUUAGGUUUCUCUUUAAGAACUAGAUAGAGGUUCCUAUCAGAUGGCAAAAGUUAAGUGUAAGUCUUGAGCUGGUCAUUUGUGUAAUGUUGAUAAUGGUCGACUAAACUCAGCCACAGAGUAAACUGAGGAUUAGGUGUAGAGUAGGUUAGACAGAAGAGAUCAAUAAGAUACAGCUGUUUGGCAUGCAGGGUAAAAUUAUAAUCCUCCAAAAGUCUUCAAUGAUAGAACUUCAUUUGCUCAUUGCAUGUUAUUGAACCAACACCAUUUGCAAUCCUGCAGUGGACUUCACCUGGUUUUACGUAUUCAAUGUUUUCAUCUGGUGUUCACAUCAAUUUGUUUGACGAUUCUGACAGUUUCAGUGCAAACCAAUUGAUGCUCAGGUGGCAAAAAGAAUUAUUGGAAUCUAAAUACAACACCAAGUCUCUGUAGAGUUUUUGGUCACAUUGACUUUAAACUGUAAAAACAAUGAAAGUACUCGUGUGGUUGGCCUGACACAAGUCACCAGGAAAUCUAGAUUCACAUCAACAAGUUGAACUUUGUCCUCAGAUUAUUUCAUUGUACGUCUUGGAGGUUAACCAUCAUUGUUAAGAUUAAGUGUAGAUGUGUAGGCGUGCUGGAGAUAAAAAGCUGCUUCAGCAAAAUGUGUUUACGAAAAUCUAAUAUCAAUUUAAAGGUUUGCUUUGGUUUUAAACAAAAAGGAUUUGUUUAAAUCAAAGCUCAGGAGCGAGGUUCAUUCUUGACCUUGAAGAUGCUUUAAAGUGAUACCGGAGGUCAGGAGUACACUGAACCUUAACAGAUGGUACCAAACUGACAAUGAAAAGUAUGACAGUUUAAAAAUCCACACUUUGUGUUGGGAGUGUUUUCUGGGUUAUAUGUGCCAAUGUUUAGCGGUAGAAUCGACAAAUUUAAACCAAACACAGACCUCAGUGGAGGGAAAACAGGCGGCCAUGUUGGAUUUUAUUGUAUGUCUUCACUAUUGUUCAAUUUCAGGAUAAAAAUAGAGUACGCUUCACUUUCUAUGAUGGGAAACUGAUCAGAGCAUCCCUAAUGAAACGGUGAGCGAAGGGUUAAUGUUCAAACUUUA